AUGGUACAAUCAAAGUCAAACACUAGUCUUGCAAAUAGAAGACAAUCAUCGUUUUUUUACAACUUGCCCCAAGCUGACCCCGAUGUUUACUAUGUCGGUGUUGAUGUUGGUACUGGUUCUGCUAGAGCUUGUUUAAUUGAUACCAAUGGUAUCAUUUUGGGAUUGGCAGAAAAGCCAAUUAGUAGACAAGAGUUGAAACCAAACUAUAUAACUCAAAACUCAACUGAGAUUUGGAAUGCCAUUUGCUAUUGUGUUAAGCGUUGUUUAGGUGAAUCUGGCGUUGAUCCCCAUCAUGUUUUUGGUAUUGGGUUUGAUGCUACUUGUUCAUUGGUUGCUGUUUCGGAAUCCAAUGACACGCCCGAAUCUGUUGGUCCUAAUUUCGACGAUAACGAGGAAAAUAUUAUCUUGUGGAUGGAUCACCGAGCCGAAGAUGAAACCAAUGCCAUCAAUGCCACUGGUGACAAGUGUUUAAAAUAUGUUGGUGGGCAAAUGUCAAUUGAAAUGGAGUUGCCCAAAAUGAAGUGGUUAAAACAUCAUAAACCUGGCGGAAUCAAUGAUUGCAAGUUUUAUGAUUUGGCUGAUUAUUUGGUUCACAAGGCCACUGGCACUGAAACUAGAAGUUUUUGUUCUGUUGUAUGUAAACAAGGUUUUGUUCCCAUUGGUGUUGAUGGUUCAGAAACUGGUUGGUCAAAGGAUUUCUUGUUGUCUGUGGAUAUGCCAGAAUUGAUUGAAGAUAAUUUUAGAAGAUUGGGUGGUAUUCCUGGUGUCAAUGGGAAAUACCUUACUGCUGGUAACAUUGUUGGUAAAUUGACCAAUGAGUCGGCUGCAGAAUUGGGCUUGUGUAGUGAAUGUAUUGUUGGUUCACCAGUUAUCGAUGCUUAUGCUGGUUGGGUUGGUACUGUUGCUGCUAAAGCUGAAGUUCCUGCAUUGCUUGAAGAGAAGUAUGAUGGAACCAUUGGUGAUGCAUGUGGAAGAUUGGCUGCUGUUGCUGGUACUUCUACUUGUCACAUUGCCAUGACCAAGGAGCCCUGUUUUGUCAAGGGAGUUUGGGGUCCAUACAAGGAUGUUAUGGCUGAGGGUUAUUGGUUGGCUGAAGGUGGUCAAUCAAUAACUGGUCAGUUGUUGGCUCAUGUUUUAAGUGUUCAUCCAGCAAACCAAGAGUUGUUGAAGGCGGCUGAACAAUCAAAUAUAUCCAAGUUUGAUUAUUUGAAUUCAUUAUUGGAAAGAAUGGUCAAGACUAGGGGCGAGAGAUCAGUUGUUGCAUUGGCCAAACACAUUUUCUUUUAUGGUGAUUUCCAUGGUAAUAGGUCACCCAUUGCUGAUCCUAGAAUGAGAGCCAGUUUGAUUGGGCAAUCAUUGGAUAAUUCGGUUGAAGAUUUGGCAUUAAAUUAUUUUGGUGCUUGUGAGUUUAUUGCUCAACAAACGAGGCAAAUUGUGCAACAUAUGGAAGAGGCGGGACAUGAUAUUAAGUGUAUCUUUAUGAGUGGAGGACAAUGUCGUAAUGGGUUAUUGAUGAGAUUAUUGGCUGAUUGUACUGGUUUACCUAUUGUUAUUCCUAGAUAUAUUGAUGCAGCUGUGGUGUUUGGGUCAGCAUUGUUGGGUGCUGUUGCUGCUGAGGAGGCAGUAUUGGAUCAUCGUUGUAAUGGACCACAUUCCAAGAGAGCUAAGUUAUUGGCGGAGAAGGGAGAUACCCAACAAGGCCCCAUUGAAGUUCCUGAAUCGCCAUUCACUGCUCCGUCAGCUACAUCAACUAGCAACAUUGCUGCUCUUGCUUACACACAUUCGAGUUCAAACAAUGUUGAUUAUUUCAACCAGCCAACACAGCAGCAACAGAGCCAACAGCAACAACACCAUCGUCACAAGGCUGAUGAUCAAGAAGAUUCAGAUGAUGAAAACACCUUGUCGUUUGGAUCGAAGCAAGAAACGCAAAAGGGUAUUUCACAAAAAUUGGCCAGUUUGGGAUUAAACAAGCCAUUGUCAUCAAGCAAGAAAGAAGAGGGAGGAAAAGGAGAUGAUGUUGAUUGUGCUGCUCUUGCUUCAAAUGAUGCUGGUGCUUUAUUGUGGAAGAUUAUGAAGAAGAUGACUGGACCAGGGAGAGUUAUCCAGCCACGUGCUGAUGAUAACCCCGAUAGGAAAUUGUUGAAUGUGAAGUACAAGAUCUUUUUGGAACAAUGUUAUGGACAACGUAAAUUUAGAGAUGAUGUUGAUGCUAUAGAGAAGGAAAAUUUGAAAAGUGUUGAACAAGGUGCCAAGUAG